AUGACGACGGAGAGCCCACCUCGUAAUCCCUAUGAAUUUACCCGUGAAGAUUAUGAGAAUCUAGUUGAACAAACACCAGAUUCUCGUCUAAGUGAACGUUCAAAAUAUAUGGAAGUUGAACUGAUUGAAGAUUGUACACUCUUUGAUCUUUAUCGUCAACCACGUGCUCCAAUUACUGAUCCCAAAGCUACCAAGACUUUAUCAAUGCGACAAUUGAAUGCAGACUUAACAUGUCCCGUUUGUUUAGGUAUUAUUAAAGAAACGAUGGUUGUUAUGGAAUGUUUGCAUCGUUUCUGUCGUCAGUGUAUCUCGACAGCUAUUCGUCAUAGUAAGCGCGAGUGUCCAUCCUGUCGCAUUCAUAUUCCAUCGAAACGAUCACUACGUCCUGAUGUCACGUUUGAUGCAUUUAUUGCAAAAGUACAUCCAAAUUUAGCCGAAUUUGAACGUCAUGAGGAUCACAUUAUUCAACAAGUGAAUCGAGCUCGACUUUAUAAUCAUCAGCAGCAGACUCAGCAGCAUUGUAUGGGUCUUGGCUUUACUCAAGCAGGUGCUUCACGUCGUAAUGAUUGGAGAAAAAAUCCAGAAAAUACAACGUUAUCACGACCGUCUUCUCCGUUGAAUGGAUCAAGUGAGGAUGAAACAGCUCGCAAGAAACCUCGCAUUGUGGCGUCUACGAUGACUUCAUCCUCUUUGAAAUCAGACAUGAUAGACCGUGUAAACUUGCGUGUGCUACUACAUGAGGAUGAGCAGCCACAAGCACCCAAGUUGGAGCGUACACUCUUUACUACGUCAUCCAAGCUCAAGAUUCGUCACUUGAAGAAACACCUUGCUGCUCUGCUGAAGCUGGAUACGUACGACAAUAUGUGUAUUGUGUUGCCUACCGUAAACUGCAUGCUUAGUGGCCUGAGUGAAUCAGCCAAAGCCCAGGAGAGUGCUAGCGUUGUGAUUCGACAAGACUUGCAGUGCGAUCAAGAGCUCGAGGACUAUGUGACUUUACACGAUAUUUAUCAGCAGUACGGCAUGGGCACGGCUUGGGAGCUACGCCUGCUGUAUCAUUUCUCCUCUGGCACUAUCGUUAAUGGCAUUGCUCAUUUCGUAUCCGCAGUGUCUCGCACCACAUGA